AUGAUGAUCUACGAAUCCGCCGCCGAUGUUCUCCCCAGUCCCAGCCCAGGCUCGCCGCCGGGCAUGACCGCCUCCAAAUCUUCCAAGUCCUCGUCGUUCAAUUCGACCGGAUCCGAUGAUAACAGCGUCCUUGCCGAUGUCAACCACUUUGAGGAAAUCGGCCUGGAUGACGACGAUACCCGGCCUGACCCAACGCACCUCUCCGACCACCAGUUCAAACAGCCGCCCAACCCGUACAGCCCGACCUUCUCAUCCGACCUGCGAGCUGCGUCCCUCAAGCACUCGUCCGCCUCCACCCCACGAUUGCAAUAUUCCAGAGAUGCGGCCAAGACUGCUCGCCCUCUCCGAGACAUCACAUGCUCCACAAGGACCCGGCCCCCGCUUCCCAGUCUGAAGAACCAGGUCCGAAAUGUCAACGUGCGCACCACGAGCCUCGGGCUCUUCCCCGACCCCCAUACCAGUCCUCUCCCUCUCCGGAACCUCGGCAACCGCCCGUCUAACCCCCUAACCCUCCAUCGCCACCGGAGCCCGAGCCCUAACUUCUCCCUGAGUCCCAGAGAUCCGAACAUGCUCAUGACGCCGCGGCGGAGCAGCUGGCAGUCGAACAGGGAGCGUAAGUCGGCCAUGGAGCUGGAGCUGGAGUGUGACGAAGACGACGAUGACGACAUCCCGGCCGGCCUCGUGCUGGACAACGUGCCCAUCUCUCCCCGCCCGGCCAUGGAGCGGGCAAAGAGCCAGCCGUGCUCGAAGGCGCCGUCUCCGGAGCGGUCGCCGAAGGGGAGGGUUCGGAGUGUCGGGAAUGGCACCCCUCCCGUGGCGGCGGCUCAGGGCUCUCUGAGAUCACCCGCGUGGAGGUCUGACACCGCGAUACCCAGCCUGAAAUCCGCUGCGUCGAGUGGCGCGCCGAGCCCCGUCGAGACGAGGGCCAAGAGUUGGACUGCCGCCCUGUCGGAGCUCAGCGCCGAGGCCAAGGCCUUGACCGAGAAGCUCGAGCAGCAUGCCGACGAGGUAGAACACAAGUCGCAGCGGUCCAGCACCGGCUCGAUGCCCACUGCCCGGAAGUCCUCGCUCGACCAGCACGACGCUAAGCCGAGGGUCAAAUCGGCUCUCCCGGAGCUUCCUCCCCUGCGUAGGACGAACAUCAUGAUCGACCCCCUUCCCAUCUCCAAGGAGAAAGAGGCCGUCCUCUCGCGGACCCGGCCGUCAUGGCUGCCGCCCAAGGACCCCGCCGAGGAGCGCCGGCACCUGAAAGAGUACCAGCGGAUGAUGGCGCAGAGCGCCGAGGCUGAGCGGCGUCGCGACGCCGCACGGCGGGUCCGGUCCGAGUGCCGCGAUACGGCGGUGGACAGCCUCAUGCGGAUCUGGGAGGAUGAGGUGCUACCCCGCUGGGACGACGCGCUACGGGAGCGCAGGACCCGCGAGCUGUGGUGGCUCGGCGUCGCACCUCGCAGCCGGGGCCGGGUCUGGAGCCGUGCCAUCGGCAACGGGCUCGGCCUGACCGAGGCGUCGUACUGCGCUGCGCUUGCCCGUGCUCGCGAGGCCGAGGCCCGUGUCACGGCUGGCAACGGGAGCACCGAAGACGCGAGGCACAUGGACUGGUUUACGGCCAUCCGGAAGGACGCCGAGGAGCGCACCUGGAGCGAUCUCCGCAUCUUCCAGUCCGGGGCGCCCCUGCAUCAGAGCUUGGUGGAUGUCUUAAGCGCCUAUGCCAUGUAUCGCAGUGAUAUCGGCUAUGUCACUGGUUGCAAUACCAUAGCCGCUCUUCUACUUCUAAACCUGCCUACCCCGGAGGCCGCUUUCAUCGCCCUCGCCAACAUCCUAAACCGCUCCCUCCCGCUGAGUUUCUACGUCUCCGACCCCGGCGCCAAGGUGUCGGCCUACAACCUCAUCCUCCAGACGCUAGCCCAGAAGUCGGCGAGCCUCCACGCGCACAUCACCGGCCUGCCCGAGCACGACCCGGACCUCUACCUCGAUGGGAUCUUCACAUCGCUAUUCACCGAGCACCUCGCGCUCGACGAGGCCGCGCGGCUGUGGGACGUGUACGUCUUCGAGGGGGAUGCGGUCCUUGUCCGCGCGGCCGUCGCGCUCCUCCUCCGGAGGGAGAUGGCCCUCCUCGGCACGGGGAGCAUUGCCGAGGUCAGGACCGCUCUGGAGGGCGGAUCACCCGAGGAGGUGGAGGAGAAGAAGAAGAAGCGUGUCCUUUCCGGGAACGGAGAGGAGGAUCGCUGGAUGCGUUCUGUCCGGGAAGCGGGCAAGGGGUGA